AUGGCUCCAGAAGCAAAACGCCCGCGGCAGGGCGACGGCGGCCGUGGCGAGCCAUCUAAGAGACCUGCUCGCUCGGCCACAUCUUCUGCCCCGGCCGGCCCACGCACCGCCUACACGCCCAUGUUUGAGCGUUUCCGCGACCACAUGGACGCUCAGCAGGAUCGUCGUGAACGUGUCGUCAAGGCAUCGCGGGACAUUACGGCCCUGAGCAAGAAGAUGGUUCGUCGCAUCCAUCCGGACCUGCCGGCAGAUGUCGACAGGGAGGUGCAGUCGCGCCUCGCCGAGAUCAGCCGCCUGCUCGCCUCGAUCGCCCCCGAGUUGCAGGGCAUCCACCGUGGUCGCUACGGCCGCGUGCUCUUCGGCAUGGAAGAGCUGAUCGAGGCCCUCACAUUUGCCUACUAUCUGCGCACCCAGUCGCUCCUCAGCCUGGAGGACGCACAGGCGCAGGUCGCUCAGCUGUGCCGCCACGGCCACGCCGCAGAGGCUGCUAAGGCUGCGGCGCCCGUGCAGCCCAACGCCCACAUCCCCGUCAUCGGCCCCGACGGCAACGACUACAUCAUGGGUGUGUUCGACCUGUCUGGUGAGAUGAUGCGCUUUGCCACCACCACCGCCGCCCUCCGCGGAGAGCUGGCCAGCGACGGCAGCCAGAGUGGCCGCACUAUCGUCGGCGACAUGCAGGAGCUGGGCAGCUUCUUUGAAAUGCUCCCCCAGCGCCACGACAAGUCGUGGAAGACAAAGAUGCAGGUCAUGCAGACCUCCGUCCAAAAGGUCGAGCGCCUCGGCUACGAUCUCCGCGUCCGCGGCAGCGAAAGACCCAAGGGCUGGGUACCCGAUGCCACCGAAAUCGAGCCCCAGUCGCCGGUCUAA